CCUACGAUUCUCCUCCUUCUUCAUUAGUAUAUUUAUAAACUGACAGUGACAGCCUGGCUACUGUAACAUGAUAUAUUUGAUAAUAAAUUGUUGAAGAAACAUGCGCUCACACGCACAAAAAGAAUGCCCUGAUCAGGUUAAUCAUACGCGAGGGAGAUAUGGAAUCUGUUUUCAAGGCUAAGAAGGGUAUUUUGAAAGACAUUUAUAUAAGGAGAAGACAGAGGGAAGGGGCGAGGAAAAACAUAGCAUUCCCAGGUUAAAAUCCAUCCAUCCUCACGGGCUCGCGCCAGUCUAUUGUCGAUCAGCUUACCCUCUUGCUCCGACGUCACAGUCAUGACAGAACGCCGGGCCGGGGGGAGAGCAAAAAAAAUAAUCUCAAUAAAGCAAUAGCGCUCUUUUCCUCUUUCCACCGAUCGGCCCAUACCUACAUUACUUUUCACAAUGCUUAGCAAGAUUGUCACUAACCCCCACUUUGGAAUGAUCAGCCCCGAGAAGCUGAUUCGCGUUGCUCCUAGCCUUGCCGUCUGGGGUGCUGCUGCUGGCUCUGCCGUUGCCCUUUUGGGUUCGGAUGUGCCAUUGGUCAAGAAGGAUAUCCUUAGCCGUAUCCCCAUUGCUGGUGCUUACUGGGCAGUCCCUGAGGCCGACGAGGAAGAAUAAACAUAGUUUCACAGAACGCACACUCUUUUUCCGGCAUGGAUCUAUCAUCAAUACAUUUUCCACAUAUAUGCGCUCCAACACAACCU